AUGGCUUCCGCUAUCAACUCCAUCUCCCAGCAGGAUGACCAUCCCCCUCCUGCGAAUCUGCGCCAGAUGAUGGACCAGCGGCCCGUCCCUGUCCUCGACCAAGAGACGGUGGGCUUGAUCUCCCUCCCGGGCGAGAGUGCUUCUGAACAGGCCCUCAUCAUGCUCGACGCGUUUAAAGCUGCUGUGGCGGCUGAAGAUGCUGGUGCCCUCCAGAGCCUCUUCUUUGCCAAGCAGGCCUACUGGAAGGACAUAUUGGCUCUGACCUGUCAUUUGCGCACCUUUUUCACCCCUAAGGUCAUUGUUGCCAAUUUUCUUCACACGAAGAAGCUCCGGGGUAUCACUACCAGGUGGAAGCUUGAGGGAGCGACUUUUAUCCCUGCUACCCCAGCCUUGCAAUUCAUUGAUGUUUCGCUCUCCUUCACGACGACCUCGCCAGCCACGACGUGCAGCGGAAGAUUCCUGCUCCUACCAGUUAAGAAUAAUAAGGCCUCACUAGACUGGAAGAUUUGGAUCUUUAAUACCAAGCUUGAUGGUCUGGAUUCAUAUCCAGAGGAUGAAUCCCUGCUCCAGUCUCCUGGCAGGAAGCUGGAUGGCCUCGAUGAUAUCCACAUGGAUGUAAUCAUCAUCGGCGGCGGGAACGCUGCUGUGGCUCUCGCCGGUCGCCUCAAGGCUCUUGGUGUUGAUAGUGUUAUGGCUGAACGGAACCCUCGUGUUGGCGAUAACUGGGCUCUUCGCUAUGAAUGCAUGAAGUUUCACAUUCCAACGUCGUUCGCUGAGUUGCCUUUUAUAACUUAUGACAAGGAACUCCAAGCUCCUCACUUGCUUACCAAGGAUGAACUGGCCGAGCAGGUCCGACGAUUUGUCUCGGCUUUUAAUCUCAAUGUCAUAACUUCGGCCCAGAUUCAAUCAACCAUAUACAAUCAGUCAACUCAACGAUGGACCGUCAAGUUCCAGACCCCGGCUGGCCUGCGCACGGCUAUUUCCAAGCACCUCGUACAAGGAACGGGAAUUGCAUCUCAGAAACCCUAUAUACCGCCCGUGGCAGACGAGCACCUAUACAAGGGCAUUAAUAUCCACUCGACCGCUUACAGGAGCGCCAAGGACCUGAGCGAGCAGGGUGUCAAGUCCGUUAUCAUCAUCGGUUCCGCCAACACAGCCUUCGACGUGCUCCAAGACUGUCACGACGCCGGCCUCAAAGCGACAAUGAACGUCCGAUCCCCAACAUACAUCGUCCCUCUAGACUACGUCUGUCAUUCCAGCAGUCUCGGGGCUUACAACUUUGGGGUCGAAGCAGCUGAUAGGAUGUUCCUGACGCUACCCGCCACCGUCGACGGUCAGCUCGCACGCAACCUUUUUGCUAUGUGGGCAUCUAAGGAACCAAACCGCUACGCCGCCCUCGCUGCUGCUGGCUUCCCUGUCCUUGAUAGCGCCGACCCCAGUCAGGCCCUUUACUCCAACCUGAUCGAGAAGGCCGGUGGACACUAUGUCGACAUCGGUACUACUGAUUUGAUUGCGGAGGGCAAGGCCGGUAUCAAGGCAGAGGUACAACCAGUUGCGUUCACUGAGACGGGUCUGCGCUUCUCGGACGAUAGCACCAUCGACGCCGAUGCCAUCGUGUGGUGCACCGGAUUCGCCGACUUAAAUGCGCGUAAUAUCACGGCUGAGAUCCUUGGCGGUGACGUUGACGUGGCUGAGAAGGAUCUUUUGGGUCCUCGAGACAUCGCGGAGCGCCUCGAGUCCACCUGGGGCGUCGACGCUGAGGGUGAGAUCCGCGGCAUGUGGAAGCGUCAUCCUCGGUUGGAGAAUUACUGGAUUACGGGAGGUUACACGCAGCAGCAUAGAUGGCACUCCAAGACGCUGGCGCUACAGAUUAAGGCCGCCCUAGAGGGGAUCCUGCCGCCGGCUUAUCGGGAUACUCUCCCUGGGGGGACGACCAUAAAGUGA